CGCUCGCUCCCGUAAAGAGGAUAACAUUCUUGGACAUCUACUCCGUGGAGCUCACGCGAUUUGUCCUCUUUUUUUCCGCACCGACGACAUUUGUGAAGAAAUAGGUUGAGAGGUGCCGCUGACAUUCGCCACUGAGCCCAAAGUUUCGCUCACUGACGCUGAACCCGAGUUUACACAACGAGGGCCUUCAGCUUCGCUCGUUUCGCAGCAUCACGGGAACGAUAUCGAUAAGGCGCCUGACUCGCGUCGUUUCUUCGAAAACUUUGAGAACUUACGUGAUGAAUGUCAGCUGGCGAGGAAUGAAUUUCCAGACAAACAAACGGGCACAUAUCAACCGCUUGGGUCGUCGAUGCAUAGCUUUUAAGGGUUGCACCUGUUCAACGCGAUCUUCAUUUGGCGUCACGAGUUCUGCGCGCACUCACAUCAUCGAUUCCCGAGGCAAUGUCGUGAUCACAACUGCAUUCUCUGGAACAGACAGAGAUUCUGGAAGAGGCUCGCGCCAACCUGCACAGUCCACUUCAGUACCAGAUGCACAAACGGAGCAAACAAACAGUUUCCUCUGUCUUGAAGGUUUGCAAACAAAUGGCAAAGCAGCUCAUCCGUAUACCGAAGAGCUAGCGACGAAAAUCCGUAACUUCGAAACUUCCCAGAUCAGCGUGAUAACGGCGGAAAGCUUUUCAGAGUUUUCAGUCGCUGCAGAGUUGAGAGCCACUGCAUUUUAUGAUGACCUUGAGGCACGUCAAGCCCUCCCUUUCCCUUCACGCUUCAUUGCGACAUUUCGACGAGAAUUUGCGCAGCGAGAGUGCCUUGCACUCAAGGAGCGCACUGCACAUUUCACGGGAACUUUGAGACGAUGUCUUUGUCUCAUGGCUCGGCUUCCAGAUCUUGGACUCGUCGGCUGCCUGGAUAUAUCUGUUCGCGUUGGCCCGUGUGGAUCUCAAGUGAAUGGUCUAUGCAUACCUGAUAACGAAGAAUAUGUGUACAUAGACAAUGUCGCAGUUGAUGAGAGAGCGCGCAGGCUCGGUUCUGCGUCCGCGAUGCUUGAGGCUUCGUCUGAAAUCGCGCUGCAGUGGGGAGCUGGCUUUGUUUAUACACAUGCCCAUGCAGACAACGUAGCUGCAAGACGCUUAUAUCAUACUUAUGGCUUUCGGGCACCAAAGGGAAGUCGAUUAGCAGACAUCCUGCCACCAGGGAAGGUAACGCCUUGGGUCUCACCGCGUCUUGCCGGCCUCAUUCUGUUGCGCGCACCACUGCCGCUCGUGCGCCAAUCACCAGGAAAUGAAGACACGACAGACUGCAAAUGUGUUUGUGGUGCAAUUUUCGACAACUGUGAAAAGUGUGUGUGCGGAUUAGUUUGAUGUGGCAGAGAAACGAAAUACGUGUCCAAUAUGUAGCCAUAUAGAAUAUUGGUAGCCAGGGAAUCGAUGCAUACAAUGAGUCCAUCGU